AAAAACUCGAGUGAAGUGUGAAUCGCUAGCUAAAAUUAUACAUAUCGUGUCGCGUAGCUAAACGCUUUGUCCAUCAACUGGGUAGGGACCACACAGUCCAACUUCCGACACGCGCCACGCGCUACACUACUCGCGCGUGUGGGGUUGGUAAAUAUCUCACACACAUGGAUGGGACCACGACGGGGCACCUGUAUGGGUCCUACAUCCCGUGACGGUAAAUAUCACAGCCAACGCUUUUAUAAAGCACGACUCUGCCACGUCACCAUAUCUGUCACCGUCGCCGUUACUCUCUCUUUCUCUCUUUAUAUAUUCCACGCUUUUGUUCACCGUCUUCUUCUACCUCCAGACUGCGACUCCGUGAGCUGAGGGAGAAACCAAAAAAAAAAAAAAUGGAGGCUAAUAGCAACAGCAACGUUAUCGCACCUUUCGUUGCGAAGACUUAUCACAUGGUCAACGAUCCGACGACCGAUAUGCUCGUUACCUGGGGAUGUGCCAACAACAGCUUCAUCGUCUUCGACCCUUUGGAUUUCUCUCACCGGAUCUUGCCCUCUUACUUCAAACACAACAACUUCAGUAGCUUCGUUCGACAACUCAAUACUUAUGGGUUUAGGAAGGUGGAUCCGGACCGGUGGGAGUUCGCGAACGAGCACUUCCUACGGGGGCAGAAACAUCUGCUGAAGAACAUAGCGCGUAGAAAGCUCGCGCGUGAUGUGUACGCAGAGUCAGUGGACGACGGCGAGAUCGUGAAGGAGAUAGGGAGGUUGAAGGAGGAGCAGAGGGAGCUCGAGGAGGAGAUGGAGAGGAUGAGCCGCCGUCUCGAAGCGACGGAGCGGCGGCCGAGCCAGAUGAUGGCUUUCCCCUACAGGGUCGUCGACGCCCCCGACCUCUUGCCGCGUAUGACGCCCGACAAGGACCAUUGGAAAAACCAGAUCGCCGGCGAAGGAGACGGCCAUGAAUUCCCGGGAAAGAAGCAGCGGCUGAUGAUAUCGCCGGUGAAAUCGGAGGAGGGUGUGAUGUCUCCGACGCAGUCAUCCUCGCCGGAGAAUUCCGUCGGGUGGGUUGUCCCGACCGAGAUGAAUGGGCAGUUCGGCGAUUUCGAGGGAUGUGCUGACAUGUACCUUGUCUCGACAUCCUCGUCGACCUCGACUUCGUCGACGUUAUCGUUGCCGGAGAGCGUAAACGGCGAUGACGGCGGCGGAGGGAACAUGACGUGGCAGAUGAGGUAUGGAGAGACGGCGACGUUUGGAGGCGCUGUAGAGUCGAGUCCUCCACCGCUGCCUUAUCCAUUUUCUUUGUUUGGAAGUGGUUUUUAGCUUUAUUCAGUUUUUCACGAUUUUUUUUUUAUUAUCUUCGGUUCUCCGUCUUUUUCUUUUCCUUUUCCUUUUUUUUAUAAUAAUUAUUUUUUUUAUCUUUGUACUUGUGCAAAAGAUAACAAGUGAUAGAUAGAUUGUAGAAAAUCAGACAUUAAUUUCUCCAGUUAUGUCUCUCACUGAAAUAAGAGGAAAAAAAGCGCAGUCGAACGCUUUACUGCU